UGCGGGACAUCAACAACACCCUAUCUUGUGUCUGCACAGCUCUCUACCUGGUUAUCUGCGACGCACUGGAGUAACCACCACAAUUGUUUUGUUGCAGACAUAUCCGGCACAAUAUCUGACAUGAAGUUCUGCUCCCCUUUUCUGCUCUGCCUGGCAGCAGCCCUGUCAUCUGCCUUUGUGAUUUCACCUCCACACAUGUGGACCAAACUGAUCCUGACCCACCACUGGCCGAGCACAUUCUGUAUGACGGAACAGCCAGCCUGUCAUCCCAACAUAAGCUACUGGACACUACAUGGACUUUGGCCAGAUAAAGGGAUUGACUGCAAUUCAUCAUGGCAUUUUAACUCUUCUCAGAUAGAGGACCUGCUUCCAGACAUGAAGAAGAGUUGGCCUGACUUGCUUAACCCCUCGUCUGCUUCAUUCUGGAAGUAUGAGUGGCACAAACAUGGAACAUGUGCAGCCAAAGCAGCUUCUUUGAAUAGUCAACACAAAUACUUCGGCAAGGCACUGGAACUAUACCACAAGUUGGAUUUACAUAGCGUCCUGAAGAAGUUUGACAUCACCCCUUCAGAAACAUACUACAAACUUUCACAAAUCGAAGGAGUCAUAGAGAACUUCUACAGCGUCAAACCUAAGAUCCAAUGUAUCCAUCCAUCAAAGAACGCAGAUGUCCAGAUUUUGGGGCAGAUUGAGAUCUGUUUCAACCCUGACUUCACCCUCAUGGACUGUGAGAAACAAUUUCCCACAGAGAAGUUGUCUAAGGGAGACUGGGACAAUCUCAUUGUUGAUGGCAAGGCAUCUGGAUUCAGUGUGUGUGACCAUGAUAUGCCAGUUUACUACCCACCUCUUCAAUAGAACACAUAUAUAUGCAACGGCACACUACAACCCUACUUUAACAAACCCAAAGACUUAAAACUAAAUAAACCGUACUGUGAUUUAGCAUGUGCGCACACACUGACUUAACCAUAAUUAUAUUUUUUCUAGACUUCACAAUGAAAAUCAUAACUUUAAUGAGAAAUGUCAAAGAUACCUCUAAACAAUCAUUGCAGUCUGAAACAUUUUUGAACUUUGUAAAAAUUCUGACUGUGUCGGGUACUUGAAAAAGAAUCUCCUUUUAAGUGCAUUGCUUUUUAUAUAACCUACAAAAGACCAGACACACACUCCAUUACUACGCAGUGCUUUAAUGGAAUGAUGUCCCUUUCUGACCCCUGCUAGUACAUGAAUCGGAUACAGUGCACAGCAUGUUUUUUUUUUUCUUCAUUGCUAAAAAGGGGUCAUCGUGAGUUCAGGUUAGGCAGGUGGGUAGAUGGACAGUUAACGUACUGUAUCUUGUUGGCAAAUGAGGGGAGCCUUGCGUCACAUUUACUGGUGACUCUUACUUCAGGGAAUUGGCCGCGUAGAUGUCAAACCAUCAAAGUUGAAUAUCCUGUGAUGUCUGGCCAUAUUUUAUAUCACAUUUGUGUGCUUAUGUAGCAUCUAUUAAGUGCCAUCUCGUUUUUUGCGGGGCUGAUGGGAUUUUUAGUUACAUUAUGAUGAUUAAAUUCAUCCAAUAGAUCACAAUAGCUGCUCUCUUUUGUUCAAUCACUUCACAAAUAAUAUUGGCCAAUAUGCUAUUUUUUAAGGGCUUUUGUGGCAAGGGCCAUCAGUUUUAAACAAACACUUCUGCUUUGCAACCACAUCUACAGCUUUCAGGCAUUAUUAACUAAUCGGAGUUAUGGUAUGGCCUAAGUACAAACCCUUAUUUAAUGUUGUGCUGUAGGCCUGGUUGGGUCUAUCCAUGCUGCUGAUAAAUGACUGUUGGUCACAUUUGUGAACUUAAAAACCAUUGAACCAUGUAUAGACUAGAAAUUUAGUGUAUAUAUUAUAUGGUGUAAUGAUUAAAUGCUACGUCAUUCUGUUUUAGUAAAUAUCAGUCCAAAUACCCAUGAACUUUACCAUGGAAACGCCACGACCCACACUAAACGCAAUACACAAGUUAAUUUAUACACUAUUUUUGUUUCUCAAAGAUGCAGCAAAUGAUAGGGUGAACAGUACUUAAUCCCCAGCUGAUUUGUACAAUAACUUGUUUUUAUUGGUGCCGUUUGCAGUUGCUGUUUGUGUGCAUAGAUGAAUAAAUUCUCUGAAAGGUAAAAUGAAAUGCAAUUGUAAUUACAGCUGCAGUGGGCAAAUACUGUGGUUUGAAAUCACUGAAAUUAACAUUUGUACUGUCAUUUUUUAUAUGUCAAUAAAACAUUGGAUAUCAAGUCAA